CAGUGGAUGCGGGAAAUGAGCCGGGAUGCCAUUCAGCCUCUUGCACCUGAUGCCCCCUAUGAUGCACCACCCAGUUACGACACCAUUGCCCCCCAUGCCCUCCCGGUCUCCUAUCCACCACCUGCCUCCAUUCCUGGUGCCGUUCAGGCAAAGGGGGUCCCCCCAGGGCUGGAGCCCCUCAUCCAGGUAGCCCAGUUGUCCAUUCAGGAAAAAUUCUCGGUGGCCCAGGGGAUGAGACGUAGCUUCGACGUGGUGGACUCUGCUGGACGGCGGAUCUUCCAGGUGACUCAGCGCGUUGAGUAUUGCGUCCCGGUUCACCAUACAGAGAUCAGAGACAACAGCUCGAGAUUGGCGAUGAAGCUGGUUCAGGACACUUGCUGCACGUGUACGACACAGACGCAGGUGUUUGGUCGGGGACGCCUCCUCGGAUACGUCAAGCUUCACACGAGCUCAGCCAUCACUCACCUGUCCGUGCUCACCGCUGCCGCAGAGCUCGUCCUCAUCAUUGUUGGCCCGAGUUUCCAAAGCAGUAUCUUUGGCAAUGCAAGCUACGAGGUGAAGUCCCGUGACGAGCAGCACGUGGUGGGGGUGAUUAGACGUGAGAAUGAACACUUCCUGGUCUCGUUCCCGGUGGAUCUGGACGUGGUGGUAAAGGCUCUGCUGCUGGGCGGCUGCUUCUAUCUGGACUCUCUGAUAACCUCAACAAGAGCACAACUGCUGAACAGGACAAGCAGCGACUAGGAGAGGCGGAGCCAGCGCAAUGACAUCACGCUUACGUCACAGAACAACGCGGCAUGCUGGGGAAACCGCUGGAGUCUCUACGAAUUUUACCAGAUUCCUCCUCUUCCAUGUUUCUAGGAUAUGGUUUUUCCUCCCCGGGACAAAGCUUCUUGCACUGCCUCUUCACAGAGGUUUAUAAAUGAUUUGUAAAA